AUCUCAUCUUGGGUUGGCAAAUUGAAUUUUUGUAAUUAAUUGUAUACUCUUCUUUUAUCUAUGAUUGUAACCUGUUUCUAUAAAAUAAGUUAUACAAAUUAAUAACAUGGGAAUUUUAGAGAAAAUUUCGGAAAUUGAAAAAGAAAUUGCUCGCACCCAGAAAAAUAAGGCAACUGAAUACCAUUUGGGGCUUCUGAAAGCUAAACUAGCUAAAUAUAGAUCGCAGUUGUUAGAACCUUCCAAGAAAGGAGAGAAAGGAGAGGGCUUUGAUGUGUUGAAAUCUGGUGAUGCUCGAGUGGCUCUUAUUGGAUUUCCUUCAGUAGGGAAAUCAACGUUGCUUUCAACUUUAACCCACACGGAAAGUGAAGCGGCCAGUUAUGAAUUCACUACUUUGACAUGUAUUCCCGGAGUUAUAGAAUACAAAGGUGCUAAUAUUCAGUUGUUGGAUUUACCUGGAAUUAUAGAAGGUGCAUCUCAGGGUAAGGGUCGAGGAAGACAGGUUAUUGCAGUUGCACGUACAGCAGAUCUUGUUCUGAUGAUGUUAGAUGCGACAAAGCCAUAUGUUCAUAGAGAAUUACUCGAAAAAGAAUUGGAAAGUGUGGGAAUUAGACUCAACAAAAGUAAACCAAAUAUAUAUUUCAAAGUAAAAAAAGGAGGCGGAGUAUCUUUUAAUUCUACCUGUACUUUAACGAAAGUGGAUGAAAAACUUGUUCAAAUGAUAUUACAUGAAUAUAAAAUAUUUAAUGCUGAGGUGCUAUUUAGAGAAGAUUGCACAGCUGAUGAAUUAAUUGAUGUUAUAUCAGCUAAUAGGGUUUAUUUGCCCUGUUUAUAUGUUUAUAACAAAAUUGAUCAAAUUUCUAUUGAAGAAGUAGAUCGAAUAGCAAGACAACCUAAUAGCGUUGUUGUCAGUUGCAAUAUGAAAUUAAAUCUUGAUUAUUUACUGGAAAUAUUAUGGGAAUAUUUAUCAUUAAUCCGAGUGUAUACGAAGAAACCUGGUCAACCACCAGACUUUGAUGAUGGCCUUAUUUUGAGAAAGGGUGUUAAUGUUGAGCAUGUAUGUCACGGAAUACACAGAACUUUAGCAGAAGCAUUUAAGUAUGCUUUAGUUUGGGGAACUUCUACUAAGUAUUCUCCGCAAAGGGUUGGUAUCAGUCAUAUAAUGCAUGAUGAAGAUGUUAUCCAAAUUGUAAAAAAAUAA